UUGACACAAUUUCUAAUAAAUUACAAACAAAAAAGAUUUUCUUUUCUUUAUUAUUUUCUGCUGAUUUCGCUAAAAUUUUCCAAAAUUUUUCGAACCUAAACGAAUAACAUAGUGAAAUAAAUAAAUUAUGAUUAGGCUACUUUAAAAGAAAUAUAUAAGUUUAUAAAAUAACUGGACACAGCAAAAAUUAAAUAUCAUGGCCAGUAACAAUCAUUUUGAGACACCCACAAUUGCCUCAAAUUCAUCAGCAAACACGGAAUUUUAUGAUGCAGAAAGUAACGAUGGAAACGACACAUGUUGUGUCUUUAAAAGUUUAGAGGAAAUAGAAAUUAUCAAUACAACUAAGGAGGGAUCCUUAGAGGAAGACUACAGCUGCGCUAAAUGUGGCAGAAGUUUGAAGGAGUUAAUGGCAAAGGAAAAACUAAAACAAAAAGAAACUAACGCAAACGCGUUAGAUAAUAUAAACACACUAGCCGACACCGAACCCAUUGCAACACCAGAACAAUUAACAAAUAAUACUAGUAAUGAUUCUCGUGCAUUAGAAUCGAUUUCUGAAAGUGAUUCAUUUAACACACCAGAACUAUCGAAAGAGUCCGUGUUAGACGUUUCGCAAGAACAAACAACGACGGUAGCAAAUAAUACAUUGAACACAACAAAUUCCCUUAAUAGUGCCGAAAGUGCUCUAUUGCAAGAUCCCAUAUGGCGUGGCCAUAAAAAACAUAUUUUCAUAUUGAGUGAGGCUGGCAAACCCAUCUACUCCCUACAUGGUAGUGAAGAUAAAUUGGCGAUUUUGUUUGGUAUCAUACAGGCUCUAGUGAGUUUUGUGGAAAAUACUCAAGAUAUUUUAACGUCCAUACAUGCCCGUGGCAUACAGUUUGUGUUUAUGAUUAAAAGCCAUUUGAUAUUUGUGGCCGCUUCCCGGACAAAUAUGAGUGUUACACAAUUGCAAAUGCAGUUAAACGAUGUUCACAAUCAAAUUCUUUCAACCCUAACCUUUACACAAUUAUCGAAAAUUUUCCAGCAUCGUAAGAAUUUCGACCUCCGGCGUCUGUUGGAGGGUAGUGAGCGCUUAAUUAACAAUCUGUUGUUGAACGACAGUAGCAAUAAAAAGGUAACGAAUAACGUUUUUACAUUUCUCACCAAUUCGAUAAGAUGCCUGCCCAUGCAGACAUCAGCACGUUCGAGUAUAGUGAGCGCCAUAAAGGAUAAUUGUGGUAAAAUUAAGAAUUUAGUCUUUGCUAUACUGAUAGCAAAGAAUCGCUUAAUAUGUUUGUUGCGCAUGAAGAAGUAUUCAAUACACCAGUCGGAUUUAAGAUUAAUAUUCAAUUUAAUCGAUAGCACUGAAUCUUUCAAAAGCUCAGAAAACUGGACUCCCAUUUGUUUGCCCAAAUUUGAUAUGAAUGGUUAUUUACAUGCUCAUGUUUCGUACCUGGAGGAUGAAUGUCCGGCCUGUCUACUAUUGCUCACUGUCGAUCGUGACGAUUUCUUUACUCUAUCGAGUGCUAAAAAAGCAAUUACUGAAAAAAUGAAACGUUCUCAAUGUCUGGAGACCAUACAUGAGUCAGUGGAACAUUUAACAAAUCCAAAAUAUCAAUUAAAUUCACACAACAUUGGCAUAACCGAAUUAAGACAUUUCAUUUACAAACCCAAAUCCACUGCUCAAGUUCUCUGUUCGGAAUUAAUACCGCCCUAUACAUCUCUAGAAGAAUUUGAACGUUUAGAGGGUAUUUACUGUGAUCUAUUGGAACGGGUUCAUCAUUCGGCCAGACCGUUGAAAUUAAUAUUCGAAGCUAAAAGUAGUGAAGUAAUAUUGGCCUGGUCCACCGCUACCUAUGAGCUUUAUGCCGUUUUUGAGCCUCUAACCAGGAAGAGCACCGUUAUUAAGAACGUUGACAAAUUGAUUAAAUGGAUUGAUAAGGAAUAUGACACCUAUUUUAUACGUACCCAUCCAACAUUCUGAUUAUGGUGUUGGUGGCUGAUGUUUGCCAUUUUAUAGUGAACACAAAAACAAGUAUUCAUUUAAACUCAAUUGAAAGUAUACAAAUUAAAACAAGCAAUUAAACAAAUUCAAGUAUUCUUAAUUGUUUCCAAUUAUAACCCAUAAAUCUGGUCUGCCAAUGAAAUCUACUUGCUGUGGCUCAUGCUACGAAAUUCUGUACAUUUAAAAGAAAAUUUAUCAUAAAAUAAAAGUGAGUGUGUCAAUACGUGUGUAUGGAAAAUUAUGUAUUUUAAAUAAAAUGUAAAUAAAUAUUAA